CUAGCCCUGGGCUUGGGAGUUAGCUUGCAGUUAACACUUGGACACCUGUGGGUCUGCAGGGCAGGGCAGCGGAGCCACGUCCUCAAUCCACUGGGGGUCUGCUCCCAAGCCCACUCUGCUCCAUCCAGACCAGCUUGUGCCCCCCCGGACUCCUGUAGCACCCCCCGCCCCCACAAGAGCCACAGCCCACUUUGCCAAGAUGUCCAAGGUAGCCAAGUAUCGCCGGCAGGUGAGUGAAGACCCUGACAUCGACAGCCUGCUGUCCACGCUGUCUCCCGAGGAGAUGGAGGAGCUAGAGAAGGAGCUGGAUGUGGUGGAUCCGGAUGGGAGCAUUCCCGUGGGCCUGCGGCAGAGAAACCAGACAGAGAAGCAGUCCGUGGGCACGUACAACCGGGAAGCCAUGCUCAACUUCUGUGAAAAGGAGACCAAGAAACUUAUUCAGAGGGAGAUGUCCAUGGAUGAAAGCAAGCAAGUGGAGACCAAGACAGAUGCCAAGAAAGGAGAAGAAAGGGGCAGAGAUGCCAGCAAAAAACCCCUGGGCCCCAGACGGGACUCAGACCUGGGGAAGGAGCCAAAGAGGGGUGGUUUAAAGAAAAGCUUCUCAAGAGACAAAGAUGAAGCUGAUGGCAAAAGCGGAGAGAAGCCCAAGGAGGAGAAGCUCAUCAGGGGCAUUGACAAGGGCCGGGUCCGGGCUGCUGUGGACAAGAAGGAGGCAGGGAAGGAUGGGAAGGGAGAGGAGAAGGCAGCAGCCCCAAGGAAGGAGGACGAGAAGAAAGGCAGUGACAAGAGUGCAGGGACAAGCAGAGACAAGGACAAGAAGAGAGAGGAGAAGGAGAUAAGCAAGAGAGAGGACGACGGGAAGGGAAAAGGGGAGAGUAGGGACGCAGACACCAAGAAAGAGGGUGAGCAGAUGAAAAGAGGAAGUGGGAACACAGAUACAAAAAGGGAGGAAGAGAAAGUGAAAAAAGAUGAGUCCAUAAGCGAAAAGGAACCCAAAGAAGAGAAGAAGACCCAAGCGCAGGAGAAACCAGCCCUGGCUUGCCCCACCAAGCCCUCUGAAGGGCUUGCCAAGGCGGAGGAGGAAGCAGCUCCCAGCAUAUUUGAUGAGCCUCUGGAGAGAGUGAAGAACAAUGACCCAGAGAUGACCGAGGUGAAUGUCAACAACUCAGACUGUAUCACAAAUGAGAUCUUGGUCCGGUUCACCGAGGCUCUGGAGUUCAACACGGUGGUCAAGGUGUUUGCCCUGGCCAACACACGCGCUGACGACCACGUGGCCUUCGCCAUCGCCAUCAUGCUCAAGGCCAACAAGACCAUCACCAGCCUGAACCUGGACUCUAACCACAUCACAGGAAAAGGCAUCCUCGCCAUCUUCCGGGCCCUCCUCCAGAACAACACGCUGACGGAACUCCGCUUCCACAACCAGCGGCACAUCUGCGGUGGCAAGACCGAGAUGGAGAUUGCCAAGCUGCUCAAGGAGAACACUACCCUGCUUAAGCUGGGCUACCAUUUCGAGCUGGCUGGGCCCCGGAUGACAGUCACCAACCUGCUCAGCCGCAACAUGGACAAACAGCGACAAAAGCGACUCCAGGAGCAACGGCAGGCCCAGGAGGCUGGUGGUGAGAAGAAGGAUCUGCUGGAGGUGCCCAAGUUAGGGGCCCUGGCCAAGGGCUCCCCAAAACCCUCCCCCCAGCCAUCUCCAAAGGCCUCGCCCAAGAACUCGCCCAAGAAAGGGGGCGCUCCAGCUGCUCCGCCCCCACCCCCGCCUCCCUUGGCCCCGCCCCUAAUCAUGGAGAACCUGAAGAACUCAUUGUCACCAGCCACCCAGAGGAAGAUGGGAGACAAAGUCCUCCCCGUCCAGGAGAAGAACUCCCGCGACCAGUUACUGGCCGCCAUUCGCUCCAGCAACCUCAAGCAGCUCAAGAAGGUCGAGGUGCCCAAACUGCUUCAGUAGGACCAGACUGCCAGGGGGCACCAUCUGCCAAUGCCAAGGCUGCCCCGGCCUCGCCUCCCAGGGCCGCAAGACCCCACC